AUGUGGGUUUUUGGCGGUGGGAACAAUGAUGAUUCUUCUCAGAAAUGCAAUAUCGACGAAGCUAAUAAGCACCUUGCGGCAGUUACUUUGAGAAUCCAGGAAUUGGAAAAAACUGUUGAGGAACAGAGACAAGAACUUAGCGAGAAAGACGAACUUGCGUCGCAAUGUAUCAAAGCAAGCGACAUCAAAAGGCGUGACGUGGAACUUAACAUCCUGCGUCAGCGUGUUCGCAUGCUCGACGAGAUCAUGCGCUAUAAGGCCUGCCUUGCGAAGCUGACCAUCACCUUGGAACAGGCAGAACAGUAUUCACGCUCGGUCACGGGACGCGGGGGCAACGAUCCUCGAUUGGCUGGAGCCGUUGUCAACGUUUUUACAGAGCCCGCUCCCCGAGCUGACACAAUGUCGCUUCCAUACAUUGUCGACGAAUUGCCUGAUGAGGAGCUGAUUGACAGGGUCGGUGCCGCCUACGUCAACGGCGAGAGGGAGGCAAGCGUAUCAAAGAAUACGAAGCCAACUUUGGCGGAGAAGGCUGAGUCGGCGUCAGCAAAAAAGGGGAAAACUCCACUAUGA